GACGCAAUCUAUGCCGUGCAAGGGACUUCACGAAUCGCUAUAUCACAAACAAGUUGAUUGACAGGGUGGAAAUGUACGUCUUACAAUGUGAAGAUCUUGCGCUUUUUUACAUCAACGUUACAUUCUUCGGGACGUAUGGGCCGUGCCGCCUGUCAAGAUGGACUCGCUCCGGAUAUUACCGGCCGAGACGGCUGAAAAUGUCGUCUCGACGAUCCUGACAACCUACAACACUCUACCUAAACGCGGCAAACCUGCCACCCGAGAUGACGGAACCGAAGAAUGGACUAUUCUUGCCGGUGUCGUCCUGCGGAAGGGAGAUGGUCUGGAAUGCGUCUCCCUAGCUACCGGAGUGAAAUGCCUUCCGGCCUCCAAAGUAUCCCUCGCAAAAGGCCUCGUCCUGCAUGACUGUCAUGCUGAGAUCCUAGCUUUACGAGGGCUCAAUCGCUUUCUACUGAACGAAUGUUAUCAACUCGCUGCUGAUCCUUCAUUCUCUUCGGCUUAUGUCGCACAAGCUGAAGGCAAAAAUGGAUCACGCCCCUUCAAGAUCAAAAAAGACGUCACAAUCCACAUGUGGAUCUCCACCGCUCCUUGCGGUGAUGCAAGCAUGGAAAACACGGCGGCAGAGCAGGAAGAUGCAACACCUUGGACAUUCGACGAGUCGGCCUCAGGCGACUCGCUGCUGCGCGGGCGCUCAUAUUUUAGCCUGCUCGGUGCUGUGAGAGCAAAGCCUGGUCGCACGGAUUCUCCGGAGACGUUGUCAAAGUCGUGUUCAGAUAAACUUGCGUAUCGGGCGUCGACGUCACUGUUGUCGUCGUUGACCAGUGGGCUGAUAUCGCCGGCGAACGCGUACCUCGAGAACCUUCUGCUACCGACGAAUCAAUACAAUAAGGUCUCAUGUCAGCGCGCCUUCCAGGAUCGUCUAAUUCCUCUGAGAGAGCCUUCAAAUGUAUGGGAAAGCGGAUACAAGCUCAUACCAUUCAAUACUCUGCCGGUAAAACCCGAGUUGACCUUCGAGCACGGCAAGAAAGACGGCGCAAAGCCAAGUCCACUAAGUGUGGUAUAUGUGAAGAAUGAAUCAACUAGUGAGGUUCUCUGUGGCGGCGUCAAACAUGGAAAUAAGCCAUUUUCCGGGCGAGGGGCGAGUAUGCUAUCGAAGGCAAGCAUAUGGGAACUUGUGCAGAAGAUUGAGCGGACACUCAAUUCGAAAGAAGUGCCACUUGAAGAAGACAACAGGACAUACAACAUGGUUAAGAAAGGUGGGGAGUUUGGGGCUGCCAGAGGGAAGGUCAAGACAGAUGUGAGAAACGUUCUGAAAGUCUGGAAACCACAAGCUGAAGGCGCAGAUGAUUUUGAAUUACCAAUACCUUCACGUAAGAACAACAAAAGAAAAAGAUAAUGCUUGUCGAAAUGCCGGGGUAUCAUACGUUGUUCGGGUAUCUCACUCCUCCACUUCCCUCC